AUGCAGAUUUUCUUUUGCUCUAUUUCAAAAAGUGACACCAGCUGUGACAAGUCAAAUGUUGCCCUAAACGAAGGAAAUGUUGGCGAAAAUGGCAACUUGCCCUGGCUGGGAGUUCUACGAGUACAUAUACAUAAAGGCACAUUAUUCCAAACGGCUGUAACUGGUAUACUAUUAGUAAAGACCAACUUUGCUAUAGCCAAUUCGGGGGAUGUCAACAGAGUGUCUAAACACGUUCUUAAAACUGAUAGCAAAGCGAUGUUUAUAACAACGAAUAAAACACCUGUGUACUACAGAAUCAACGACGUGAUGACACAUCCGGAGUACGAAUUUGAAACAUAUAAUUCUAUCGCGUUAUUGGAAUUAAUUGUAAAUAUUUUUCAUGACAAAAAUCGAAAUUUGAAACCCAUAUGUUGGCCAAACUAUAUGUACAAUACGUCAACGGAUUUGUAUGCGCUAGGUUAUACCGAUGAAAAUAAAUUAUUGGAGAAAGUUGUAUACAAAAUGCAAUAUAUUACCCGACCAUUAUGUGACGAGUUUUACAAUAGGGCCAAUUUAGCACAAGAAUCCUUGCCGCAGUAUCAGUGUGGUUUUGCAAUAAAUAAUACUAAAAACUGUGAUUGGGAGAAUGGAAUGGUCUUCGCCUCGAAUUCAACCGGUACUUGGACUUUGAUUGGCUUUGGUUUACGUGGCCCAAGUUGCAGAGGACCAGUUAGAUUUUUGGACAUCUAUCCAUACCUCAAUUGGUUUAAAGCUGCCACAGAUCUUAUUGUGGCCAGAUACGAAAAAUAA